AUGAAUUUGACUGUGGAAAUGGCUUUUGCAUUGAAGCUGCUUACAAAAGUGUCUGUCUCUGCUGUUACUGUUGGUGCAACUACCAGACAUACAACAAGACCUGCACCCAGAACUACAACCCCAACUGACACUUGCCUUGAAGGAAGGUUCCGGUGUACUGAUGGGAGCUGCAUUCGUCGUACUUUAAUUUGUGAUGGAACCCCCCAUUGUCCAGAUGGAUUGAAUGAAGCUUAUGGAUGUAAAAUAUGCAGAGAUUUUGAGUUUCAGUGUUUAUCAAAAGGGUUCGAGUGUGUACCAUUAAGAGACAAAUGCAAUGGACGAAAUGACUGUGCUGAUGGCAGUGAUGAAAUGGAUUGUGUUUUAGAAGAUUGUUCGGAGGAUCAGUUUCAGUGUUCAUCAGGAGAGACCAGGUGUAUACCACUACAAUACAAAUGUAAUCAAGAAAUUGACUGUGCUGAUGGCAGUGAUGAGAUCGAUUGUAUCCCAGCUUGCAAACCUGGGGAGUUUAAAUGUCAGAAUGGUGCCUGUGUGGUCAACGGUUCCCUCUGUGAUUCAUACCCAGAUUGUGAAGAUGGAUCAGAUGAGUUAAAUUGUGAUACAACAGAGAUACUUGAAAUGAACCCAUCAACUACUAAAAUGAUCCCAUCAACAAUUAAAACGACCCAAUCAACAACUAAAACGACUCCAUCAACAACUGCCACAUCGACACCAUCGGCAUCAGGAACUGAAGUCAUUAUAGAAGACAACGUAACAAAAGCUGAAACGUCUUCUAACUACAUACUGGACUCGACAUCACCACAACCUAUCGUGCUAGACGCACGGGAAUCUAAUGUCAAAUUCAUACAACCUACAUUGGUCGCAUUCACAGUCGGGUUAUCAAACCCGCUUGAUGUUCUGCUGCAUGAUGUCAUUGUCUAUAACAAAGUUGUAUCUAAUAUUGGAGACGACUAUGAAAACAGUACUGGUGUUUUCAGAUGCAACAUUGCAGGGUUAUACUUCUUCCAAAUUCACGGCGCUGCUGGCGAAGGGAAAGACCUGAGUCUGUCUCUUGUUAAAAACAAAACAAGAGUUAUCUCGCUGUACAGCAGUACAAAUCAAGAGUUGUCCCUCGCUGCCAACUCCGCAGUGUUGCUUUUGGAGUCUGGUGAUGAGGUCUUUGUUGAAGCUUCCAACUGUGGUAUUCUGUACGGAGAGGAGCAUCACGUGAUCAACACUUUCUCUGGCUUCCUGCUGGACAAAGCGAUAUGAAAAUAUCGAGUUAUCUAAAUAAAAGAGAUCUUCUAAAACGUUAUGUGAUCAGAGUGGAUAAAAUAAAUAAAAGG